AUGAAAAAAUGUAGUAUUAGAAAAGAAGUUUUACGUGGAUAUCAAUAUACAAAAGCAGCAGAUAUUUACUCAUUUGGAAUAUUGAUGAAUGAAUUUCUUUCUGAAGAAAUUCCUUUUAAUGAUAUUCCUCAUAAUGAAUUUUUAGCUGUUAAAAUAUCCAGGUUUUGUAAGAGAACUUCAAUUAGAUGGAAUAAUUUCAAACCUAUAAAAAGAGAUUAG